AUGAUAAGAGAUGCAACAAAACCUCAUCAGUGGCUUUACAUUGAAUCUGCCAGCAACCCAGCCGAUCACACCUCGCCUGGACUACGUGCAUCUGAAGUUAAUGAUUCUUCAUGGUUGACCGGUCCUCCAUUACUAUGGCAACCCAUCAUCGAAAGCAGAGGUGUUGAAACAGAGUUGCAACUUGGAGACCCUGAAGUAAGAUCUGCAAGAUCUCUAUGUACCAAAACAAAGGCUCAUUCUAGUAUCCUUGACAUUCUGUCUCGAUUCUCAUCUUGGACCAAAAUGAUAUCCUUCAUUGCCAGAAUGCAGAGACUCUCAAAUGGUGUCAAGGGAACCUAUCCACCAAACCCGGAUGAAAGACUUCAAGCAGAACAAACUAUCAUCAAGCACGUUCAACAUGAAACCUUUCAAGAUGCUAUCAGCGCUCUCGAGAAAUCUGAAGGGCUACCAAGGUCGAACUCCCUUAAACUCCUAGAACCAAUUCUACAAGAUGGGAUACUUCGAGUCGGAGGCCGACUGAGGAAGGCAACCUUGUCUGUUGCUUACAUGAACCCAAUAAUCUUACCCAGAAAUGGUCAUAUCACGCACUUGAUUCUCUCACAUGCUCACAAGGAAACCUUUCAUCAAGGAAGAGGAAUUACCUUGAACAAGCUCCGGUCUCUUGGUUAUUGGAUUGUAGGAGGAAGUAAGACGGUAGCCAGCUACAUACGUCAGUGCGUUAUAUGCAGGAAGUUGAGACGACCGACAGAGACACAGAGAAUGGCAGACUUGCCCAAGGAUCGUAUGGAACCAUCUCCGCCUUUCACAUACUGCGGUAUGGACUGUUUCGGCCCAUUUAUUGUGAAACAGGGACGGAAGGAAAUAAAACGAUAUGGGUUACUAUUUACCUGCAUGUGCUCUCGUGCUAUCCACAUUGAGAUGUUAGAUGACAUGUCUACAGACGCCUUUAUCGAUGUUUUGCGCUGUUUUAUCGCCAUUAGAGGAACCGUGCAACAGUUGCGCGCAGAUCAAGGAACCAACUUCAUUGGAGCUAAGAAUGAAUUCCAGAAAGCACUUAACAAGGAAAGAAUAUGUUCAUUCUUAGCAGAGAAACACUGUGAAUUCGUGUUUAACACGCCCAGUGCUAGUCAUACAGGAGGUGUGUGGGCACGUCAAAUAAGAACCGUCCGUAACAUACUCAACGCCAUAUUAUUACUUUGUCCUGGAAGGCUAGAUGAUUCCAAACUGAGAACCAUAUUCUACGAAGCAAUGUCUAUUGUAAACGGUCGCCCACUAACGGUCAGUGAGAUAGACAACCCAGACUCACUGGAGCCGCUUACUCCGAACCACAUCUUAGCUGGGAAGACCAUUUCUCCCCUUCCCCCUCCUGGAGAGUUCGUGAAGGAAGACAUGUAUGUCCGUAAACGUUGGAGACGUGUACAGUACCUUAUGGAACAAUUUUGGUCCCGUUGGAGACAUGAGUACCUGGCUCAGAUCACCUUACGACAGAAGUGGCAUGGAGUUCGUCGGAACAUCAAGGAAGGGGACAUUGUUCUGGUGAAGGACGUUGACCUGCCACGCAACCAAUGGCCUCUCGGUAGAGUUGUUGAAGCCAACCCAGAUGAUGAUGGUCUUGUACGGAGAGUCAAGGUGAAAAUGCAGUCUGGAGUUCUGGAGAGAACAGUUCAUAAGCUUGUGCUACUCAUUGCAAAUUAA